AUGGGCCAAGUUGGAUCUCUACUAUUUGGCCCUAGCUGGGAGAACAGUCGUCAAGUCCGCGUGGAAACUGGCCUAGUGGCCGGGAAAACGUUCACCUUCGAAAACGGCAAGCAAAUUGAUGCGUUUUUGGGCAUUCCAUUUGCAAAGCCUCCGGUCGGCGAGCUGAGAUUUAAAGUAAGAAAAAUUUCGAAAUGUAAUCGUUGCAAAAGCCUCGAAUUUUAAACUUGACUUGUCAUGCCAAACCCCUAAUUUUUCUAGAAGCCAGAGCCAGCCGAACCCUGGUCGGGGGUCCGAGAUUGCACCAACUUUGGACCUCGCUGUCCGCACGAAGAUGUUUCCAUCGAAAAGUUUACGAAUUUUCAUACGAAAAGCGAGGAUUGCCUAAUCCUGAAUGUAUUCACUCCAACUGUUGUGGACGGCCUAAAACCGGUGAUGUUUUUCAUCCAUGGCGGCGGAUUCGCGAUGCAUUCGAGUAUGCAUUAUGGAGAUUAUGGAAUUUGCAAGUAGGUUCGAGAAAUGGGGCAGCGCUCGAAGAGCGAGAGCCGGAUUUUUUGCAAAUUUUGCAUCAAUUAUCUGUCAUGCUCAGAAAACAAUUGCUGAAAAUAUUGGCUCUCGCCUGGAGGGGAGAGCCAAGAUAUUCAAAGAUCACUUUCCGAGAGAGUACGGAAAAGAGCCUGCACAAAAUUUUAAUACAGUGGGGAUCUGACGCAAAAAACGUACCAUUUUGCAUCCAGGAAGUAUAAAAAAUGUAGCAAAAUACCACCCUCUCCAAGUGAAAACUCUGAUUUCAAAAGUGCGCCCGCUCUUUUUGCGAGAAGCGCCCUUCAAAACGAAGUUUUUUCACUUGGAGAGGGAGGUAUUUUGCUACAUUUUUUAUACUUCCCGAAUCCAAAAUGGUACGUUUUUUGCCACUGGAUCAGGUCCGCCACUGCAUUUCCAAAUUUAAACCUCUCCCAAAUAAUAAAAAAACAUUUUUUUCAGAAACCUCUGUACAAAAGACGUUGUUGUUGUGACAAUUCAGUAUCGCCUUGGCUUCUUUGGCUUCCUCUCCACAGGCGAUGAGAAUUGCCCGGGAAAUAUGGGACUCUGGGACAUGACGUUGGCCCUAAAAUGGGUCAAUCAGAAUAUCCGCGAGUUUGGCGGCGAUCCAAACAACGUUACCGUGUUUGGGCAGAGUGCUGGCGGAGCCUCAACGGACUACCUCAGCCUGUCGCCGCAUUCGAACAAAUUGUUUCAUAAGUUUGCGCCAAUGUCCGGCACUUCGCUAUGCAGCUUUGCGAUGAACGAUUCGGCCCAUAUUCGCGAUGUUAGCUGGAAUUUUGCGUUGCAGCAGGGAUUCAUCCCACCAAAAGACGGUAAAAUUUUUUUGGAUGUUUAAAAAAAUUUUUUUUUUGAAAUUUCGACAAAACCUAAAUUUCAGCAUCAAAAUUCGAGCAAAGCCGAGCGCUGGUCGAAUUUAUGCGCAAUUUGCCCCCGGCUGAUAUCGAAAUUGGAAUGCUCGGUCGUUUCGGAGUCAACGAGGGCGGUCGACUCGAUUUAACGCCGGUUUUCGACGGCGAUUUCUUCCCAAAACCCUUUGCGGAACUACGCAAAUUGGCACCUCCGAAGCCUCUGAUGACCGGCAUCACCGAAGUGGAGGGCCUUCUCUUCAGUACGUUGGUUUACCUGCUCAUGAGGACCAGAAUUCAGCGCAUUUCAAGUCGGGUUUUUCUCUUGUUUUUGGUCGUUCCCCCUGAAUUCGCAUGCUGAUUAUGUUUUUGCUGCCCCUUUCCCAAUUUUUCAGCCAAAUUUACCGAGAUGCCGCUAAUUCUUUCCAAGAAUACUUAGUUUGUCUAAUUUUCAUACGCCUUUGGCUGCUAUGAUUCAAUUUUUAGCUGCAAUCAAGCCGCCUCGCGGCUCCUUCAAAGAGGAAAUCCGAAGACAGAUCGUUUUCGAUUUCCAAAAACGAAAAAUUCAUGAUGCGGCCAGAGAAAAGGCGAUCUUCGACAUGUAUCUGAAUGAGGUUCAACGGAACAACCGAAGGCAGUAUGUCACCGCUUGUAUGACGGUAAGCCUUCUUUUAUACUGCACGCAAAACUGAGUCCGGUGACCAGAAUAGACCCUUCGCUAUCGGUUUUUUCAUUUCGUCUUGAUUUUUACAGAGAAGCAGAGAAAAGACGUGCAAAACCGUACUCUCUCGCCCCAAAAAUUCCCCAUUUCUUUACCGACAAAAAGUUUUUUCGCGUCUUUUUUUGGAAAAUUGAAUUUUUUGUCGGCGAAGAAAUGGGGAAUUUUUGGGGCGAGAGGGUACGGUUUUGCACGUCUUUUCUCUGCUUCUCUGUAAAAAUCAAGACGAAGUGUAAAAAACCGAUAGCGAAGAGUCUAUUCCGGUCAUCGAACUCCACAGUUUGACAUGCACUUUUUCGGAUCCAGCUGACCACUAUCAUUACCUUUUUUAGUCGACAAGAAGGUCGAAAAAGAGAUCCACAAGAACCAAAAUAUGAUAUCAAAAAGAGUUUUUGAUAUCAAAUUUGGAUUCCUCUGGAUCUAGUCUUCUACCUUUAUGUCGAUUAAAAAAGCGCCAAAAUUGAAUCAAGAAAUGCUCAUCCGAAAAUUGAACACAACUUUUCAGCUAAUCUCCGACAUGAUAAUCAACAAUGGAGUCUGGGAGCUGGCCGAUACCGCAGUGAGGUUACAAAAAGGCGCCCCAACUUAUUUGUAUUCGUUCGACUACCAUAACCCGGACGGCUUUGGGUUGGCCGGUCUUAUUUUCCCAUUCAAAGCCGCUACCCAUUGCUCCGAAUUGCCGUAUCUGUUCGGAAAGGGGAUUAUUGCGUUGUUCAGGCCGAGCGAAACCGACAAUAAAGUGGUCGAUUUCUUCACAACAUUGUUCACCAACUUUGCCAAAUAUGGGUAAGCAAAUUUGGCGAUAAAUUCAAGGCCUACAGCGGUGGAUCUGAUCCAGUGGCAAAAAACGUACCAUUUUGCAUCCGGGAAGUAUCAAAAAUGUGGGAAAAUGCUUCCCUCCCCAAGUGAAAAAACUCCGACUUCAAAAACGCGUCUCCCCUUUCGGUGAGGGAAAGAUCGCGCCCUUCAAAACAAAGUUUUUUCGCUUGGAGAGGGAGGCAUUUUGCCACAUUUUUUGAUGCUUCUCGGAUGUAAAAUGGUACGUUUUUUGCCACUGGAUCAGGUCCGUCACAGUAGCUAGCCUUUUUGCUUCACUAUGUUAAAGAGAGGCUGAGAGCAGCUGGCAGUGUUAGCUAUAAUUUCUAUAAGUUUUGCCCCAUUACUUCCCAAGGUAUUCGCAAAAGAACUCGUUCAUCGACAAACAAAAUCUAAUCUUUCGAAUUCCAGCAAUCCCAAUGGCCUUAAAAACCCACAAGGCACAUGGGAACCACUCACUUCGGACCAUCCAAACCGCUACUAUCACAUCGAUGUGCAAGGUUCGGAAAUGCGAUCACAAUUUUGUGGAGGACGUCCUCAGAAGUGGCGAGAACUCCUCCAACCUUGUGAUUGUGGUCAAAGAGUGUGUUCGAAAGAAGGCCUCGAAGACCUGGAUCAAAACAACAACGACUUCGAGGACAGACCGUUCACCAAAUCCGAUGCUUCCGCCGAGGUUACGCGAUUCACACUACUUGAAGAGUAUGCCGAGUAGUCUAAUAUAAAAUAUCAAAUAACUUCUUUAAGAGCUCUGAAAUUAACAGCUCUCGCAUAA